UCGCGUGAAACGCGCGAAUCAGUCGCACAACGCACGCCGUACCGUGCAUUGCUGAGGAGCAGAGGAGGCAUCGGAUUAUUUGUUUUUCCCUCGACCAAGAGAAGACCUGUAUAUCGCGUUGUCGAUCCCAUCUCUCUCUCUCUCUCUUUUUCUCCCUUCCCCUCUUUCUCUCUUUCUCUUCGUCUGUUUCUCUCCUCGUCCUCCUGGUUUUCCCCUUUUUAUCAUCCAUCCUGCACAACCCCGCGACAUUCCGCGCAUCUGGAAUUUCCAUCCAAGUCGAGAGCGCAUUUGCAAUUAGACCGCCAAUUCGCGCUCUUGAGAGAGAUUUACGCGCGAUCGAGUUGGCGCUCGAUCAGAAGCGGAGAGAUAUUAUUUCUGUGCACAUCCGAAGGAGAUCCUCUGACGUAGCGGUGCGACUCUUUUAUCAGGGAGAUUGGAAAGGAGAGAUGUUGGGGCCUCGCUGUUGGAGCUGAGACCGCCGCGCCGGCUGCGAAAGUCCGUGGGUCCGCAUCCGAAAUUGAUCACGAAAAAGUAAGGAUCAUUCGCGUACGGAUCAUCUCCGCGCGCCAUCACUCUCGUAUCCCUCGGUUUAAAAAAAAAACGAGAGUCAAAAUCAAGUUGGGCCUAAAAAGUAAAAAGAAUCGAGAAGCACAGAACCGUGAAGCGAAGAAGAACAGAAUCGCUAGAUCAAGAGUGAAAGAGGAGGAGAGAAGGAAAAAAAAGGAACAUUAAUUCAUAAAAUAAAAGCCGGCUUUUUGAUUUGAUAGAGGGAAGAAAAGAAAAAAAUCUGGCCUUAUUACGCGCGUUUAUUAUCGCUCGCUUUUCUCUGUUCACUUUCGCGUAGAUUUUUAAAAGACCCUCAAGGGAUAAAGUGAUAUGCGCGCGCGUGCUUUUCCCGCUCGUGCUUGUGUAACGUAAAUCCAGGGGUUCGCGAUAUCCAAUCGACAGUAAAAAAGAGAGAGAGGGAGAGAGAGGUACCGAGAAACCGAGAGCGAAAAAAUGGCCAUGGUCUCGACAUGCUCUGUCUUGAGGUAUCGUCUUCUGCUGAACGCUGCGCUCUUCACGUGCCUCGUCGUUCUCCAAAGCUCUGCUAUCGCGGAUAACACGGGCACGACGAAACCGCCCCCGUGUUCAAGCGAGAUAUACUGCCACGGCGAUCUGCUGCACACGAUACAGAUGAACGGGGUGUACAAGGAUUCCAAGCACUUCGUCGACAUGAAAAUGAAACGACCGGCGAACGAGACGCUGGCGUCGUUCCGGGCCUUCAUGAGGAGCGUGAACAACAAGCCGUCCAAGCACCAGGUGGAGAAGUUCAUCAACGACACGUUCGAGCCGCCCGGUUUCGAAUUCGAGGACUGGGAUCCAUCCGAUUGGACGGCGAGUCCCAAGUUCCUGCAGAACAUCGAGGACGACGAGCUGCGAAAAUUCGGCUCCGAUCUCAAUCAAAUCUGGAAGCUGCUGGGCAGGAAGAUGCGGGACGAUGUGAGGAUCAACGAGGAUCUUUAUUCGAUCAUCUACGUGCCGAAUCCCGUAAUCGUGCCCGGCGGUCGAUUCCGCGAGUUCUACUACUGGGACUCCUACUGGAUCAUCAAGGGCCUGCUGCUGUCAGAGAUGCACAACACCGUCAAGGGCAUGCUGAACAAUUUCGUGUCGAUCGUGGACAAGAUAGGUUUUAUACCGAACGGCGGUAGAGUCUACUAUAAGAUGCGAACGCAUCCGCCGCUUUUGAUACCCAUGGUACACGAAUAUCUAAGGGUUACCCACGACGACGCCUGGUUGAAGGAGCAUCUCUGGCUGCUGGAGAAGGAAUUCGAUUUCUGGAUGACCAACAGAACCGUGGAUGUCGAAGUGGACGGAAUUAAUUACACUCUCGCUAGAUAUUACGAGGAAUCGUCCGGUCCUCGACCGGAAUCCUAUAAGGAGGACUAUCUGACGAGUCAAAGUUUUCGAACCGCCGAAGAGAAGGAUAAUUAUUAUUCGGAAUUGAAAACUGCGGCCGAGUCCGGAUGGGAUUUUUCCAGUCGAUGGUUCGUACACGAGGGUACCAACAAGGGCAAUUUGACGAAUCUCAAAACCAGAUCGAUAAUUCCGGUCGAUUUAAACGCCAUAAUAUAUCGGAACGCGGUGCUGCUGGCUCAAUACAAUCGUCAGAUGGGCAACGAGACAAAGGCCGCGUAUUACGACAACAUAGCGGAGAAGUGGAAGACGGCAGUGGAAAAGGUGUUGUGGCACGAGGAGGUAGGUGCCUGGUUAGACUACGACAUCCUCAACGACAUCAAGCGGGAUUACUUCUACCCGACCAACAUCCUGCCGCUCUGGACGUAUUGCUACAACCCCUCGAAGAAGUCGGAGUACGUGUCGAAGGUGCUCAAGUAUCUCGAGAAGAAUCAGAUCAUGUUGAAUCAGGGCGGUAUCCCGACCACGCUGGAACACUCCGGUGAACAAUGGGAUUAUCCCAAUGCCUGGCCGCCUCUUCAAUAUUUCUUUAUCAUGUCGUUGAACAACACGGGCGACCCAUGGGCGCAGAGGCUGGCCUACGAAAUCAGCCAGAGAUGGGUCCGUAGUAACUAUAAGGCUUUCAACGAGACCCACAGCAUGUAUGAAAAGUACGACGCGACCGUCUCGGGUGGACACGGUAGUGGAGGUGAGUACGAAGUGCAGCUUGGUUUCGGCUGGUCGAACGGGCUCGUUAUGGAUUUGCUGGAUAAGUAUGGUGACAGGUUGACCGCGGAGGAUUUUUUCCUAGCCGGUGAGGUAGUCGAAAACGCGGCACCACCGCAAGUUAUUUCAACGGCUGGUCAAAUGUUAACCGGGCUUCUAGCUCUCAUCAUAUCGUUAGCAGCAGGAUUUAUAGGGAUGGUCAUGUACAAGAGACGGCAGUAUUAUGCACCCGGUCCAUCGACGAUACCGAACAAGAGACCGGGGUUGUCGAGCGGUAGCAAUCUGUACCGGAAACGGAUCGCGUAUACCGAAUUGAGGGACAUGAACAACGAUUGAUGACCGCUCGUCGUCUAGACCGAAUGUCGAUUUGUUACAUGACUAGUGAAAGAAUGUAUACGCGCAUAAAUAUGUAAAAAGGAAGAGAACGAAACAAGGUAAAAGUGCCGAAAACGAAGGCCCAGGAUGAAGUCACAGAUGUUCCUAAACGCGCUGGAGUUCUGCGGAGAAAAGCGAGACUGACUGGUAUCAUUCGAGAUAUGGAAAAUCCAUCUCUACCGAUGAAGAAAUCCAGGUGUCCGAAGGCAGACUCAUCGCUUCAACUCUAUGAAAUGGAACAACGACAAGAUGACAAGAUCCUGAAAGCGUAUAUAAAACCAAAGUUUGAUGAUUGCACUUGGUUCUGAUCGGAAGCUUCUGAUAAUGUUCACUUCCGAAAAAUUCGGAGAGAGAGAACGAGAUGAGGAAGAAGCAGGUAUAGUAUAUGUAGUGUAAAAAUUAAAGAAAGAGAAAAAUAAAAUGUAUGUGUGAAGGUAUGUGUGCAUAAGACUCCAGCGACAGCAGGAUUUAGUUUUAGUUUAGCGAAAUAUUAGACAGAAAAAAAAAUAAUGGAAUUAUUUAUUGACUUCUCAACGAAAGAAGGUAUUGUACAAUGCGCAGGAUCUUAUACAGCGUCCUUCCAAGCAGGAUCUAUUUAAGCGUCAAGGAAGAAUUAAACUCUUAAUUAUAAAUACGCUAUCAACCGCUUCGAUAUUUAUCUUAUCUUUGAUACGCUCUUCAUCGGGCUAAUUUUAAGAUUAUCUUGAAAAUAAUCUCUUUACGAAGUGCGAAAUCAAAACACUUUAACGACCAUUAAAGCAUUGAGCUAAAAAAUCCUACGGUGCCAUCCAAAUAUCGUACGUAUGAAAAUUAAUUAAUUCUACACAAUGUUAUAUACAUAUGUAUUAUCCAGCGACUUUUCUUCGCGACGUGAGAAAGUGCACGCGUUUUUAUGAGUGUUAUAAUGACUCGCGAGAAGCGAUUUUAUAAUGAAGCGAUUGAUGAAAAAAAAUAAGUAGCGAUAAAAACAAAGAUUUGCAAGUACGAACAAUUAAAAUGUGUGCGUGUAAAAAGUAAAAAUGCGAGAAUGACAUAAAAUGAGUAUAUGGUUUAUAGAAAGAUGUGCCACGUGGAGGCAGGAUAUUGCGAAAUUGUAAAUAUAAAUAAAUAAAUAAUUUAUUUAUUUAACUUACAAAUAAAUAAAUUAUUUAUUUUAUUUAUUUAUACACUUACAACGUAUGGAUAUAUAUAGACAUAAUUUAGAAUAAAACAUAGUGAAUAAUUGAUGAUAAACUUUAUUGAUGAGAUAAAUUAUUGAGAUCGUUGUAUUUUUGCUGAUAUUUUUAUAAACGAGUGAGCAUGUUUAUCCCGCGUUAUAUUAACGAUCGAUUCGCGGGGCUUUGUUCGCUAAAAAUCGAUGCGUCGUGUAUGACAAUUUAUUUAUUAUUAUUCCCUUUUUUUAAAUCAGCUUUGCGUUAAACUUUAUGAUAUUGUAGGAAGGUUGAAAGUUCCUUUGCCGAUCUUUUCGAAAGAGCUUUCACGCGCUCAAUUAGUUUUAUUCUCUAGAGCGAGUAUGAUUUUAUGGUAUUUAUAUUUUUUUCUUUUGCGUAAAGAGAAGAAAUUGUAGAAUUAUCUUAUUAGAGCUGCCGAUAGAGCUACUUUUUAGAGCGUAUAUGUAAUUGCAACUGUUAUUUUGCUCUCUCAUUAUUACGUAUUUUAAGCGCAUGCGACGACUCCAAAUGAUAUUGUCGUAAUUUUUCACGAUAGGGCAUUUCUCGGAGUAAUGUUGAUAGAUAUCCAUCAAAUGUAUAGAUGAGCAUUUUUAAUUAUAUAUACAAUAAUAUAAAAACCUAAUUUCUGACCAGUGCGUGUAUAAUAUCGAGAGUACCUGGUGUUUAUUUGACAUGUCCGAGAAAAUCUCUAACUCGUGCAUUGUACGGAACUUCUCUUAAUUACGAAUGUUCCGCAUAUUACGACCUAAGUUAAAUUGUAAAUAAUAAUUUUCUAUAUUAUAUAUAUAUAUAUAAAGAGAGAAGAGAGGGGAAAGACAUCAUAAUUAAUUUCGUAAAUUGUAUGAAAAAUUUAAUAUAUUAAAUAAUUCUUGCUCUUUUAUAUAUAUAUAUAUAUAUAUAUAUACAUAUAUGUACGUACGUAUGUAUUACUUAUAUUUAGCUAGAAUUUGUUAGAUCGUGGAAUUAAAUUGCCGUACACGACGCAUUUAAUUGAAUGCCUAGAACAAGUAAAACGGACAAUUAAACGAAGAUACAGUCGACUUAUAAUAAUUACUAAUAGAGACCGACGAUCUUUUGGAAGAAUCACAGAUUUUAUCAUGAGUAAGGUGUCUGGCGUCUUGCUUGCUUAAAUACUUGGCUCUUGUUGUCAUUUCCUUAUUUUUAGACUAUUGCAACCACAUAUAUAUCAUAUGGAUCAUACUGCCAAGAGAGAUGCGAUAAACAUGCGAAUCUAAGAUGAACGACAUUACGCAAUAAUUAAUCGGCUGAAAAUAUUUUAAAUCAUGUUUUACUAUAAUUUAAAUUUUAAUUCAAUAUUAUUCGUGUAUAUACAUACAUAAAAGCACACACAUACUUGAUAAUAUUAGAAUAUUUCGAGUGAAUCUUCGUUUAAAUAAUUAUGACAAUGAAAGAAAUAUGAAGGUAGUUCAAGAGUACAUCAUGGAACAUUAGCAUGUAUUCUUUUUUAUCACAAGUGUCCUAAGUAUAAAUAGAUUCUAUAUCUUUUCUCGAAUGUUAAUAAUUAGACCUCUUGAUAUAUAGUAUAUAUACACUUUAAUUGUGCAGUUUUUUAUAUUUAAUCAUUUAUUCAAUCUCGAUUUUAAUCUAUUAGUUUGCAUUUGUAAAUCGUAUCGUUAUAUAAAUGUUAAAAAAAAUAAUAUGAGAAUUAUCACGAA